AUGUCUUCAACUUAUGCACCAAUAGAGACCAAAGAUCAUAAUGGAAAGGUACCUCCAUCUCCUUUCCUUACUCGUAGCCAGGAAGAACGAGAGGAACUACAUAGGGAAAGAGAAAAACGCGCCGAGAUCGUUCUAUGGAGAAAGCCACUAGUGACAUUAUCUUAUUUCUUUCGUGAACUUUUUAUAGAUAUCCGUCAUCAAAGCAACAGGUUGGUUUAUCAUAAUCGAAAAAAAUUCAGUGCAAUUGGUCUAAUGAUCUUUAGCUUAUUUCUAUUGUAUUUAAUUGAUGGCGAGCAUCAGCAGUAUUACGUAGCUGCUCAGAAACAGAUUUUCUGGUGUUUCUACUGGAUUGGUUUAGGAGUGUUGUCAAGUAUUGGCCUUGGAACAGGAUUGCAUACGUUCAUAUUAUAUCUUGGACCUCAUAUAGCUAGAGUAACUCUUGCAGCUUGGGAAUGUGGAAGUGUAGAUUUCCCUGAGCCUCCUUAUCCGAAUGAUAUUAUAUGUCCUGAUGAAGAGGGCGACAAGAACUUGCUAACACUUUGGACCAUCAUGGGGAAAGUUAGAUUAGAAUCGAUGAUGUGGGGAUUAGGAACAGCGGUUGGAGAAUUGCCUCCCUACUUCAUGGCUCGUGCGGCGCGAUUAUCAGGAUCAGAGAUUGAUAUGGACGACGAGGAGAUAGAAGAGAUGGAAGCUAUGCUAGCAUCUGAGAACAAGGAUGUGAUGACUAGAGUCAAGAAAGCAGUUCACAAUUUAGUCCAAAAAGCUGGAUUUUUUGGCAUACUUUUAUGUGCCUCGAUCCCCAAUCCGUUAUUUGAUUUGGCUGGUAUUACUUGCGGACACUUCUUGGUGCCAUUUUGGACAUUUUUUGGCGCAACUGCUAUUGGUAAAGCUAUCGUGAAGAUGCAUAUACAGAAACUGCUGGUUAUUGUAACCUUCUCAAAUCAUCAUGUCGAAAGUUUAACUGAAAUAAUUGGGAAUAUCCCUCACGUUGGCAAUACUCUUAAAAAGCCUUUCGUUGACUAUAUCGAUCAUCAGAAACAUAAAUUACACCGCGAGGAAAAUUCGAUGGACUCACCGUCAAACCUUGUUACGCAAUUAUAUUCUGUUUUGGUCAUCUUCAUGGUAUCAUUCUUUGCUUUAUCAAUCGUAAAUUCGAUGGCACAAAAGUAUGCUAAAAGGUUGGAUGACGAGAGACGUUAUAAAGUAAAAGAUAAAUAA